ACAACAACCGUUUGACCCGACCCCCCGUAGUGGCUAUGUCGCGUAGGCCUUCCUUGUCAAUAGCAACAACAAAUAUUGGUCCCUUCGCUCAUCUCGCCAGCAUGGACAGCUUGAAAAACUCCCGCUACAAGGCCGCACAACACACCAGUGGCACCUACUAUGCUGCAUAUGGUGGUCACGACUCGCCCGAGCUUGAUUUGCCGAGUGAGCUAUCUGUCUCCUCCAUCGAUCUGGUGCCGCCGUCGCCUACUGCCAUGUCAUAUGGAAGCUACCACGCUCCGCUGGAACUGGCGUCACUGAGCCCCAUGUCACCAACGACGUUCUCAACUACAAGACUUGCCGUCGCUCCCCGUAAUGACGGGCGUCCUCGUGGCGCAUCUUUGACCACGAACCUUGUCAAGACACCACGGGAGGCGACCAUAGAUGGCGGGGCUGCUCUUGUCAUCAUGCUCGCCCUCUGCCUCCUCGUCUGUUUAACGGUCUGGCUUGCGGUGUCAAUUCGCAACCAACUGUGGGACAGCGACGUAGGCGCGGUGAAGGACGGCGACGGCGGGCUGCAUUUGGGAAACUUCGGAGCGCCCCCACCGCCUGCCAUCUCUGAUCACGAAAAUGUCCGCGCGAGAGAAGGGGAGAUCGCGAUCGAAUCAAGGCAACCGACGACGCAAAGUACAAACUCGUCACCCACUGUGGUUGGUGAUGCUGCCAUGCAGACGACAUUGGCUUAUCGCGAUGACAACGAUUAUGAAGACGGAGGCGCUUCGACUACGGACGAAGCGGUGACGGAGUGGCAGUCGGACGUUGAGGACACUGAUCUGGUGAUUGCUCGAAGGCGUGCCCGCCGCAAGCACCGAAUGUCGCCGUCGAAGCCGCGCCAUCGUCGAGCUCCAGCCAAGUGGGAUCAGCGGCACCAUUACAUUCAUCGUCAUGCAGUUCAACGGGACGAUGACGACGCGAACGAUGUUUUGGUCCUGACAAGCGAGGUCACUGACACUUCAAGAUAGAUCCUAAUUUGUACACAUUGCUUUAAUUUCUUCCCGUAAUCACUAUGAAAAUAUUUAGAGUAAACUUUUUUGCUCAAACAAGGGAAACUUAAACGUGUUUUUCAGUACAUCCUACACCAUUGUUCACAACAUAUAACUAUUCUUUAAUGUUCCAAAUCUUCGUGACGCAAUUGUGAUUGCAGCGGACGGCUACAUGACUUUUGAAUUUAUAGUAAUAAAACUCAGAACCUG